AUGGAGCCCGAACACCCGCGGCCCUCGCGGCCGCACCACCACCCGCACCUCCUCAACCUCCUCCCCGUCACAUCCGUCUCCUCGCCCUCCUCUCCACAGCCUGGCGCGGGCCUCCGCGCGACCGGCAUCACACCCGCCUCCUCCCCGGGCGUCGUCAGCCCGCAGCAGCACUCCCACUCCUCGCCACACGUGCCCACCAUGGCCUCCAUGCUCUCGGCGACCUCUGCCUCGGCAGCACUGGCAGCCGCUGCCGGCAGCUCCUCCGCCUCGGCCACCGUCAAUCCUCUCCCCGGCACAGCCGUCUCUACUCCACCCAGCGGCUUCUCACACGAGCACUCCCCCGGCACACCGCGGCAGCCCGUCCGAGAAACGCACAUUGCGACCGUUGACCGGGACUUCACUACCGGCCGGAAGACCAUUAACGAAUACCAAGUACUUGAAGAGAUCGGCCGCGGCCAGCACGGCAAGGUCAAGCUGGCCCAGGACAGACGCGACCAGCGCAUGGUCGCCAUCAAGAUCAUCCCGCGCCUGUCCAAGACCCGCCGCCUCGGCAAAGUGUCCGCUGUCGACCCCCAGCAGAACACAAAGCGCGAAAUCGCCAUCCUCAAAAAGAUCCGCCACGAGAACAUUGUCGCCCUCCUCGAGGUCAUCGACGACCCGGAGCUCCAAAAGAUCUACAUGGUCCUCGAAUACGUCGAGCGCGGCGAGAUGACCUGGCGCAAGAAGGGCCUGCCCAACAUUUGCUACUUUGAACGCUACCGCUUUGAGCAGGGCGUCCACGGUCACGAGCUCGCCCCCGGCGAGUGCAACUGGCAUGCCGUCCUCGAGCGCAAAGCCACCAUCCGUGCCCUCAAAGACGCCCGCGCCAAUGGCACGCCGCUCCCGGUCAACGAGUGGACCACCGUCUACCAUGUAUCCGCCGACGACGAGGACGGCCAGCCGCCCUGGUGGUACGUCCCCAGCACCGGCCUGGGCCCGGACGCCUCCCUGCUUGAGUCCCACCCCAUCUCGCGCGCCACCUCCCGCGCGCCCUCGCGCAUUGCCUCGUCCGCCUCGGUCGCCAGCGCACCCACGCGCCAGUCCUACUCCUCGGACGCCUCCCCGCUGUCAUACAUGGCCCAAGACGGCGGCGAUCGUCACACCCUCAACUUCGUCGCCGACAACGACGACGAGGACGACGACGCUUUUGGCGGCGACGGCGGCUCGCAGACUCCCGGCCUCCUGCAUCCAGCCAACGCCAUGUCCAGCGCUCUCGAUGGCAGCAUGUUUGGCGCCUACGUGGACGACAGCAGCCGCCCGCGCCAGCGCUCGCCUAGCAUUGCCGACUCCGUCAUGUCGCAUCUCUCCGGCAUCGACUUCAACUCCAUGGUCCACGACCCCUACGCCGACGACUUCUCCUAUGUGCCCUGCUUCAACAUCCACCAGGCCCGCAUUGCCUUCCGCGACACCGUCCUGGGCCUGGAGUACCUGCACUACCACGGCGUCGUCCACCGCGACAUCAAGCCGGCCAACUUGCUGUGGUCUAAAGGCUUCCACGUCAAGAUCUCCGACUUUGGUGUCUCCUACUUUGGCCGCCCCAUCCGCGACGGCGAGCCCGACGUCACGGUGUCGGAAGCCGAGGCCCGCAACUUUGACGACGACCGCGAGCUGUCCAAGACCGUCGGCACCCCGGCCUUCUUUGCCCCCGAGCUGUGCUACACCGACAUCGACACGGAGCCACCGCGUGUCUCGGAACAAAUCGACGUCUGGUCUCUCGGCGUCACCCUCUACUGCCUCCUCUACGCCCGCAUCCCCUUCCUCGCCGAAGACGAGUUCUCCAUGUUCCGCAAAAUCGCCACCGAGGAGGCCUACAUCCCAAAACGCCGCCUCAAGCCUGUCGGCAUCUACACCGACCCCACCGGCUCCUCCCUCUACAGCCGGACCAACGUCCACCCCUACCGCAGCGACGCCGAUCCCGAGUACGAGGAGAUUAGCGACUCACUUCUCGAUCUGCUGCGCAAGAUGCUCAUCAAAAACCCCGACAAGCGCAUCCGCCUCAAAGACAUCAAGCGCCACCCGUGGGUCACCGAGGACCUCCCCAACGUCGCUGCCUGGCUCAGCGACACCGACCCGGCCCGCGACCAGGACCGGACCAUCCACGUCGACGAAGAGGAAAUCGGCGACGCCGUCGUGCCUCUCAACUUUUUGCAGCGCGCGCGCUCUGCCGUCAAGCGCGCCGUCGACAAGGUCAUGCACGCGCGACCCGAGCGUGACGAAAGUGCGGCCCCCUCGUCCACGCGCGCUCGCGCUGCCAGCUCCGCUGCGAGCAGCUCCCGUGCCGUGGCCGGCGACCAGGCCGCCGCGGCGUCGUCCCAGCCCAUCAACAUUCUCCCUGCCACCCUCCAGCACCACAACAGCACGGGCAGCCCCGGAAACAGCAACCACGGCCACGUCUUUGGUUUCGGCAGCCAUGGCCACAGCCACAGUCACGGUCACAUGCACUCGUACAGCCAGGGCCACCAGCCGGCCUCGUCGAGCCCGCUGGGCUUCCAUCACUACCAUACCGGCAACAAUCCCCGCGACGCCCGCCGCAAGAGCCUGCACAAGGCCGAGGUCAAUGAUUACUUUGCCACCGUUACCCAACUACCACCCGUACCAGGCGCUCCCGGUACUACCACCGCCUCCGCCGCCACCGCGACCGAUUCGCCCCGGCAAGACCACCCACUGGCCCAGAGCCAGACUGCAAGCCCGUAUGCGUCGCCAGACGAGAGAACCCCCCACUCCGAGUUCCCUCCGUCGCAGCUGCAGCAGCUGACGUUGCCAGAGACGUCAGCAACCGAGCCGGCAGUACAACUCCCGCCCGCGAUGCCCGCGAUGCCCGUCGCCAGUACCAACACCGUCUACAACUACAACAUCGACGGUUCUGGCGAAGCUAGCCCCGCCACGCCGCCGUCCCGCACCAUGACCCGACACGUCCACUCCCGGUCCAUCAGCAACGCCAUCCUGAGCCGCGCGUCGAUACUGCGCGACAUCCAGACGAUGCCCCCGACGCCUACAGCCGCCCUACCCUUGGACGCCUCCACCAGUGGCCGCCGCACACGUGAAGUCCGCUCGGCUUCGUCCGCUGACAUCACCUUCAAUGCCCGCACCCGCUCGGUCGACCGCGCCGGCAUCGUCUUUGCCAACCCGGACAAACGUGCUGAAGCUCUCGUCGGGCUGAGCGUGGCGAAUGCGCCUGGUAGCAUGCGGCAACCGAGCCUGCACCUGUCGACGUCGACCGUUGGCUCAGACGAGACCGAGACUGAGACGCUGACACAGACGCAAACCCAGACCUUGGUCGAGCGUCCUGCCACGGCACACCGGGUCCAGGACAUCGUCGCCAACGACAUCACCACAGCUGUGGGCCGCGGUAAGUCCAACAGCCUGUCGGCGUUGCCAAACACAAACACGUCUGUGGAUGCCUCUGCGGUGCCUUUGACCAACGCCGGACUGGACACAACUGCUGCGCCUACCUCUGCCACAACCACUUCGUCCAGCUCUGCGUCUCUCGAGGAGGGCUUCAACCAGACGCCCCUCACCAGCCCCAGUGAGAAGACCCACCACUCGUUCGUGCAUAGCACGAACAGCACCACCAGCGCCGGCAGCAGCCAGCCGGGCCACCGCAAGGGAAGCUCCAACGCCAUGAUGACCAUGGUUUUCCAGUCGGACCCGUCGCUACCCGCCCUGCUGAGCGGUGCCUCCUCGGUGUCGAAUGAUGUGGAAGGCGAGUUCCUCGGCAACCCCGGUGUCGUUGGUGGCCCCGGCGACGUCUCGGACUCGCUGACCCCGCCUGCCCUGCUGGGCAAAGAGCCGGCUGCCUUCCCACUCGGCCUCAAAGACCAGCAAGGCUGGGGCAGUGGUGGUGCCAUCCCCGUGGAAAUCGACAACACGGCUGCGACGGCCCGCGCUGCCGCCACGGGCCGGUCUACUUCGACGUCGUCCCGCACCCCAUUAGCCACACCGGUCCGCGGCAACAGCCGUUGCUUCACCGACGAGGACGAUGACAGCGACUCGGACGGAGGCAUCAUCAUGAUGGCGAAGGCCAAGAAGAAGGUAACUGCCUUUGGGCCUAUGCCUGGUAGCGGCGGCUCUGGGUUCGCAGGCUCCGGUGGAUUCUCGGGCUCUGGCAGCCGCACAACGCACAUGGCCCGUCGCCGGGACACCAGUACGAGCAUCGGCAGCACCGACACGGCCAAGAAGGUGGGCCUCGGCACGACCACCACGACCGGCGACAAUUAA